AUGCUACUGACGAAAUUCAAUAAAAAAUACGCUUCAGUAAAUGAAAAGGGUGUACCAACUACAGAUUUUUAAACUAAUUAAAUUAUCAAUAACGAAGUGCUGAAUUUCAUAAGAACUGAAAAGCUUAACAGAGACAACCUGAAACUGUUAGAAGCAAAGAUAGAUUAAAAGCUCUAAAAUAAAAAUCAAAAACUUACUAGGCUAGGAAGCUAGUCAAACAACUUGAAACUUAAUGUAAACUAAUUGGUUAGCGAGGAACCAGGUAAAUUCAGAUCAAUGUCUAGAAUAAAUAGUAAAAAUGGACUACUACCACAAAUUAAUAAUAUGGCUGCUACUGGAUAGAAUUUCUUGAGUUAAAAUUAAGAUUAGGAUGUUUAAGAAUAGAAAUUCUCGUAAACUUAAGAUGUUAGAGAUAUAAGACUUCAACCAAUGAUUUCUGUUGAUAAUGGUGAUGGAUAAGAAGGUUAUUCUUAGAGAACUCCUUUGAUAUUUGAGUCCCCUGGUCAUAAAAGAGAAAAGGAUCGAUCAAUUAAGAGCGAGUUAUCUAAUGAUGAUGAAUGGGCAGAAGUUGAUAAGUAUCGUAAAUUAAUACACGAAAGAGACCUUAUGCUUUAAAAGGAGAAAAAAGAGUAGCAAAAGUAGUUUACUAAAACGAUUCUAGAUGAGUAGAUAAAAGAAAAGCAAUAAAGAAUGAAGUAAUUUAGAUAAGAGAAAUAGAAGAAUGAUGGAAUGGUUUUGAACCAAGUUUCUGAAUAUAAGAGACAAUAAGAGUUGAUGAAGAUCGAAUAAUAGAGGAAACUUCUUGAAUAAAAAUAAUAAAGAGAAACACAACUCUAAGUUGUAAAUGAUUAAAAAAAAGCUCAAAAGAGAGCUAAAAAGCAAUAUGAAAUGUAGUUGAUAGAUGAUUUCAAGCAUCAGAUUUAGACUGAAAAGGAAAAGUAAAUGUAAAAGAAAGAAUAGCUCAAAGAAAGAGCCGAAGAGAUGAAAAAAGAGAAUGAAAUGAACAAAGCUAUUAAAAUGGAAAACAAAAUGAAAUAAAGAGAAUAAGAUGUAAUGAUGUCGAAAUAGUAUGUAGAGAUGGUAAAUGAAUAAGAACGUAAAAAGGUUGAAGAAUUUCAGAAGAGGGAGAAAAAGAUUUCUGAUUUUAUGAGUAAAUUAGAAAAAGGAGCAUUGGCUGAAGUAAAUAAAAAGCAAGCUUAUUUAGAGGAAUAAAUUAGAAAAUAUGAAGAAAAAAAGCAAAAGGAAGAUUACUUAGACGAUGAGAGAAGAAGAAAGAAGUAGAUUGAUCGAAAGGAGGAGCUUAAAAACAUCUUGAAAGAUUAAAUGGAAGAAAGAGAGAUGAAGAAGAAAUUCGUGAAGGAUAUGAAUAAUGUAUACGUGCAAAUUUUCAAGGACAAGCAUGAAAGAGAGAUUGAGAAAGAAUAGCAGGAGGCUGAAAUACUUAAACAAAGGCAGAGAGAGGUCCAAGAGCAUGUACGCAAAUAGAUCGAGGAGAAGAAGGCCAGAGGGAAAGGAAUGACUAAUGAUGAAUUUGAAUUCAAUAAGGAUUUGUUGAAAGAAAUAGUCACGAAAGGAAAACAACUUAGAGAAACUGUACAGUCUACUUAGAUGCAUAAUGGAGCGAAAACCUAAUUAUCUCAAGGAUCACCUUAUGAGAUAUACAGUUUGUGA